CCGUCGAUUUGGGUGGUUGCGUUGCUCGGAGUUGGAGGUGGAGUGGGCCGCGUGCGUGCGAGAGGAGGAGGGUUCGAGCGGGGAGGGCAUGGAGGAGAGCGAUUAGCUGUUCACGAGUCGGGAGGAGGGGGUAGUUCUGAUCUUACGAGCGGAGAGGCCUCGAAUUUGAGCAGGCAAGGUUGUUUUUUUUGGUGAAUUUCGAGGGCUGCAAGUUGUUAUCCUCGUGGAUUUUGUGUUUUUGGUGUUCAAUUUUGGUCGGAGUUUUUAAGCGGGAGCCAAUUUGGGUAGAUUUUCGUUUUUGUUUGUGUGUUGGGAGCAAUGAUUUUGGUUGGAUUCCCUGUUCGCCACAUGAAGAUUUGAUAGGUUGGUGACGCGCUUAAUUUCGCACCCGAUUAGAGAUUUUUGCCCACAAAGAGCCAUUUUUUUCGGUUGUGCUACUCAUCAUUCAUCAAUCCAGUGAACUUGAACUCUGAAGGAAGAAACUUUCCCAAUUGGGCCCGGAUUUUUGUUAUUGGCUUCUAAAGAAGUAAUUUUCCUGCUUACUCUGGCCAAAAGCUUUCCCUUGGAUUUACCCGUGUGAAAAAAUUGGGUUUUUAUCUGAGAUAUUAUUUGUUGAUUUAGGUUUUCGACCCGGCAGAUCCAAGUGAACGCCGAAUUUUGCUUGAUUUCGCCGCGAUUUUUGGUCUCAUCGGGAGGCCCCCGAGCCUUUUUCUCGCGUGAAGCAAGGAUUUUUCUUUUUGCGCCAUGUCCAUGGCGUUGAGCCGCUUCACGCAAUGGCUGUGGCCGGGGGGCGCCGCCCCCCGGGUGGCCACCCACGAGCUCCCGGGCACGGCGCUCACGAGCUCCUCCUUCCCGGACUUCCCCUCCGGUUUCCGGGAGCCCGACACCGUCACGUUCUACACCGCCGGCGGCGGCGCGGCCGGCCGCCGCACGCGGUCGAGGAGGGCCAGGAACCGGCGCCGCAGCCGCGGGGAGCCCAGGGUCGACAGGGAGUACGACAUGGUCAUCGUGCCGUCCGACGGCGGCGGGUGCCUGUCUGGGUCGGACUCUGACGACUCCGACUGGUCCAUCGGCUGGCUCGAGCCCCAGGCGCCGGAGCUGCAGACGGACGGCGAUCCCGAGAACUGCUUCGCCGUCCUCGUUCCGUGCUACCGCCAUGGUCGCCAAGAGCAGCCUGAGAGGCGCGAGGGCAGGUUUCUUGGCACCGGAGCCCUGGCCGACGGUGGCCUCUCUGAUGGAAAGAAUUUUGUAGAGCAGUGGCUUUCUUCUCUCCAGAACUGAUAACUCAGGCUUCUCCUAGCUACGUGUAAAUACUAAAUAGUAUUGCUCCGUUUUGUUCUACUAUGUUUGUCCUAGACGCAGAAUGUAUCGAUGAAGGAAGACAUCAAAAACCCAAAAAAAGAAGCAAAACCGAAAAGAAAAACGGUGAGCAGUGGGAUUCUGAAGCAGCACUGAAUGGGUAUGUCCUUCCUGAGGUUCCAAGGCUAUUCUACUCUUGCAAUGCAAGGCGACUGCUGAACAAGACAAGCUGUGCGUCAUUGAAAAAAAGAUUUUGCCAUCGUCUGAUAUGUGCUGAGUGCUAACAUUUGAUUGAUAACAUGUAGAGAUGAACGCUAUUCCAUUGUCAAUUUUUCCCACUUGCUUGUGGACCUCGAAUUCCACUGCCUGUAGAUAGUGUUCUUGCAGUGUAUAUAGUCUGCGCAGAGCUGCAGUUGCGCGAUUCUUCAGUGUGUGAUGCGUGUGCGUGCUAUUCUUGUACAUUGGAACUGAAUCCUUAUGAAUCAAUGAAUCUGCUGUAUAUAAAUUUUGUGAGAAUGCAAA